AUGGCACCGGAGGACAUGGAGAAGACGACCUUCUUCAUCCUAUGGGGAACUUUCUGCUACAAAGUGAUGUCUUUUGGGCUCAAGAACGUUGGGGCAACUUACCAAUGGGCUAUGGUAGCGUUAUUCCACGACAUGAUGCACAAAGAGAUUGAGGUCUACGUGGAUGACAUGGUGAUAAAGGGGAGUGCCUUGGUAGAUUACCUGGCUCAACAGCCCAUCAACGACUACCAGCCUAUACAUCCAAAAUUCCCUGAUGAGGACAUCAUGACCUUGUUUGAGGAGGAAGUACAGGAUGAAGAUAGAGACAAAUGGAUUGUGUGGUUUGACGGCGUGUCUAAUGCACCAGGCAAUGGAGUUGGGGCAGUAUUGGUUUCCCCUGACGAACAAUAUAUACCUUUCAUGGCUAUGUUGGGUUUCGACUGCACAAACAACAUAGCUGAGUAUGAGCUGAAGGGUGAAUGGGAGACCAGAGACCAUAAAUUGGUGCCUUACCAGGCUUACAUCAGGAAGUUGAUAGAGUUCUUUGAUGACAUGUCCUUUCACCAUAUUCCUAGAGAGGAAAAUCAGAUGGCCGACGCCCUUGCCACACUAGCGUCCAUGUUUCAGCUAAGCCCACACAAAGAUUUGCCAUACAUUGAAUUCUAA